AUGGCUGAGACGUUUGCCUUCAAUGCUGACAUCCAGCAGUUGAUGUCCUUGAUCAUCAACACAUUCUAUAGCAACAAGGAGAUCUUUCUGCGCGAGCUCAUCUCCAAUGCGUCAGACGCACUGGACAAGAUCCGGUAUGAAAGCAUCACAGAUCCAGACAAGAUUGAGGCCCAGCCCAAUUUCUUCAUCAAGAUCAUCCCCGACAAGACGAACUCCACGCUCACCAUCGAAGAUUCCGGCAUUGGCAUGACCAAGAACGAGCUGAUCAACAACCUGGGCACCAUCGCCAAGAGCGGCACCAAGGCCUUCAUGGAGGCCAUGGCCGCCGGAGGUGACAUCUCCAUGAUCGGGCAGUUCGGGGUGGGCUUUUACAGCGCGUACCUGGUGUCCGACAAGGUGCGGGUGAUCAGCAAGCACAAUGACGACGAGCAGUACAUCUGGGAGUCGGGCGCCGGCGGAUCUUUCACCGUGCAGAAGGACACAGAGCUUGUGCACGGCGAGAUCAAGCGAGGAACCAAGAUCAUUUGCUACCUCAAGGAGGACCAGUCCGAGUUCCUGGAGGAGCGACGCCUGAAGGACCUGGUGAAGAAGCACAGCGAGUUCAUCGGCUUCCCGAUCGAGCUCUACGUGGAGAAGUCCAAGGAGAAGGAGGUGACCGACUCCGAGGAAGAGGAGGAGGAGAAGAAGGAGGACGCCGGGGACGAGCCUAAGAUCGAGGAGGUGGACGAAGAGAAGGAGAAGGAGGAGAAGAAGAAGAAGACCAAGAAGGUGAAGGAGGUGUCCCACGAGUGGGAGCAGCUGAACAAGAACAAGCCCCUGUGGAUGCGGAAGUCCGAGGACGUGACCAACGAGGAGUACGCCAGCUUCUACAAGUCGUUGUCCAAUGACUGGGAGGACCACCUGGCGGUGAAGCACUUCAGCGUGGAGGGUCAGCUGGAGUUCCGGGCCCUGCUCUUCGUGCCGCGCCGGGCGCCCUUCGACUUGUUCGAGACCAAGAAGAAGAGGAACAACAUCAAGCUCUACGUGAGGCGCGUCUUCAUCAUGGACGACUGCGACGAGCUGAUGCCGGAGUGGCUGAACUUCGUCAAGGGCGUCGUGGACUCCGAGGAUUUGCCUCUGAACAUCUCCCGUGAGACGCUCCAGCAGAACAAGAUCCUGCGGGUGAUCAAGAAGAACCUGGUGAAGAAGUGCUUGGAGAUGUUCGCCGAGAUUGCCGAGAAGAAGGACGACUACAAGAAGUUCUACGAGCAAUUCGGCAAGUGCUUGAAGCUGGGUGUGCACGAGGACUCCACCAACCGCACCAAGAUCGCGGAGCUCCUGCGGUUCCACACCUCCAAGAGCGGGGACGAGCAGAUCAGCCUCAAGGAGUACGUGGACCGCAUGAAGGAGGGCCAGAAUGACAUCUACUACAUCACCGGAGAGUCUAUCCAGGCCGUGUCCUCCUCGCCCUUCCUGGAGACCCUGCGCAAGAAGGGCAUCGAGGUGAUCUACAUGACGGACCCGGUGGACGAGUACUGCGUGCAGCAGCUCAAGGAGUUCGACGGGAAGAAGCUGAAGAGCACCACCAAGGAGGGCCUCGACAUCGACGACGAGGACGAGAAGAAGAAGCUGGAGGAGCUGAAGGCGGAGUUCGAGCCGCUGACGAAGCUGAUGAAGGAGGUGCUGGGUGACAAGGUGGAGAAGGUCAUGGUGAGCUCGCGCAUGGCGGACUCGCCUUGCGUGCUGACCACCUCCGAGUACGGCUGGUCCGCCAACAUGGAGCGCAUCAUGAAGGCCCAAGCGCUGCGCGACAACUCCAUGACCUCCUACAUGGUCUCCAAGAAAACCAUGGAGGUGAACCCAAAGCACUCCAUCAUGUCUGAGCUGAAGAAGAAGGCGGCGGCUGACAAGAGCGAUAAGACGGUGAAGGACCUGAUUUGGCUGCUCUUCGACACCUCGCUGCUCACCUCUGGCUUCAACCUGGACGAGCCCACCCAAUUCGCCGGCCGCAUCCACCGCAUGAUCAAGCUGGGCCUGAGCAUCGACGACGACGACGAGGGCCUGGGCGACGACGACGAUCUGCCGCCGCUGGAGGAGGUGGAGGGCGCGGCGGACGAGGCUUCCAAGAUGGAGGAGGUCGACUAG